AUGAGUAGCCAUAGCCAAAAACCUGUGGAGUUCAAGGAGAACACGUCGAUCGUGGUUUUCGGCGCGUCGGGCGACCUGUCCAAGAAGAAGACCUUCCCGGCGCUGUUUGGGUUGUUCAGAGAGGGGUUUCUGGACGAGAGCUGCAGGAUCAUAGGAUUCGCACGCUCCAAGCUCUCUGACGACGAUCUCAGGGGCAAGAUUGAGCCUAAUUUGAAGAAGCCUAACGGCGACAAGGACUCUGAGAAGGUAAAACAAUUUCUGAAGAUGGUUAGCUACAUGUCGGGUCCUUACGACCAGGACGAAGGUUACGAAACGCUGGCAAAGGAGCUCGAGGCUCACGAGGAGAAAAACUCUGUGGAGCAUCCACAUAGAUUAUUUUACUUGGCUUUGCCGCCCAGUGCCUUCGUGACCGUGUGCACUCAAAUCAAAAAGAACGUUUACGCCAAGGACGGUGACAACAGAGUUGUGGUAGAGAAGCCAUUUGGCCACGACCUCGAUUCCUUCCGCGAAUUGCAAAAUGAUAUAACUCCAUUGUUCCGUGAGGACGAGCUCUUCAGAAUCGACCACUACUUGGGAAAAGAAAUGGUCAAAAACUUGGUUCUGAUGAGGUUCGCUAAUACUUUCUUGAGUUCCGCCUGGAACAAAGAGAAUAUCGAAAUGAUGCAAAUCUCUUUCAAAGAGCCCUUCGGAACCGAGGGACGUGGUGGUUACUUCGAUGAUAUCGGUAUAAUCAGAGAUGUUAUGCAAAACCAUCUCCUGCAAAUUUUGACAUUAUUAACGAUGGAGCGCCCCGUUUCUUUCGAUGCAGAAUCCGUUCGUGACGAAAAGGUCAGAGUACUUAAGGCUUUUGCGCCUAUCGAGAAGGAAGACAUCUUGAUUGGCCAGUAUGGUAAAUCCGAAGAUGGCUCGAAGCCUGGUUAUUUGGAUGACGAUACCGUCGAUCCUGAUUCGAAAUGUGUCACGUUUGCCGCUCUCGGGUUCAAGAUUCAAAACGAACGUUGGGACGGUGUUCCAUUCGUUAUGAGAGCUGGUAAGGCUUUGAACGAAGGUAAGGUAGAAAUCAGAGUUCAAUUUAAAGGCGUCCCAUCUGGUAUUUUCAGUGAUAUUUCCCGCAACGAGUUGGUGAUUAGAGUCCAGCCCGAUGAGGCCAUUUAUUUGAAAUGUAACUCAAAGACGCCGGGGCUUUCUACAACUUGCCAAGUCACGGAGUUAGACUUGACUUACUCCAGACGGUACAAAGAUUACUGGAUUCCUGAAGCUUAUGAAUCAUUGAUCAAAGACGUUAUGAUGGGCGACCACUCCAACUUUGUGAGAGACGACGAAUUAGAUGUUAGCUGGAAAUUGUUCACACCUCUCCUAAAAUACUUAGAAGGCCCUGAUGCUCCAAAACCAGAGGAAUAUGCAUAUGGGUCGAGGGGUCCUAAGAAUUUAGUAAGCUUCUUAGAGAAUCACAAAUACGAGUUUGAAGACAACAACGUCUAUCAAUGGCCAGUGGCUACACCUGAUAUGACAUCUGGUCUUUCGAAAAUGUGA